GUUCAUGCUUUUUUCCGACACGUUCUGAGCGUGAGCACCUGCGCGCGACUGCGCCACGCGCGUGCAUGAGCGUUCCGAGUCUGGAAGCAGAGACGGGUGCGCGUGCCCAUGCGCGGGCCAGAGGCCAGUAGCAAGGGUGGGUGUGCGUGCGUGUACGUGCUCGCGUAGAGGCCGGAAGUAGUGCUGCGUGCUCUGCGUGCGCAUGCGCGCGCGGAGGCCGGAAGCGGGGCUGGCGUUCCGCGUCAGUCGCGGGCCAUGGAAGGUUUCGCGGAGAGCUGUGGGCAGCCGCGCGAGGAGCCGGCCGAGGAGGCCGAACCCCAGGUGGCGGCCUGGAGCGGGGACAGCGGUAACGUGUCCCAGAGCCACAGCAGCGCGUCGGUGCCGUGGGAGGAUGAGGGCCCGGAGUCGGGCGCGCCCAGCCGGGACCUGCCGCUGCUGCGCCGCGCCGCCGCGGGCUACGCCGCCUGCCUGCUGCCUGGAGCGGGGGCGCGGCCCGAGGUCGAGGAGCUGGACGCGAGCCUGGAGGACCUGCUAACCAGAGUGGACGAGUUUGUGGGCAUGCUGGACAUGCUGCGCGGCGACUCCUCCCACGUGGUCAGCGAGGGCGUGCCUUGCAUUUACGCCAAGGCCACCGAGAUGCGGCGAGUGUACAGCAAGAUCGACCGGCUGGAGGCCUUCGUCGGGAUGAUCGGCGCCAGUGUAGCCAGGCUGGAGGAGCAGGUCUCCAGGGCGGAGGCCGAGCUGGGGACGUUCCCCAGUACGUUCAGGAAACUCCUGCGCACAAUUAACGUGCCCGCCUUUUUCAACAAGGCGCCCUCCAGCAGGACCCAGGGGACCAGCUACGAACCCCCCGUCGUGUUUCGAACCGAAGACCACUUUCCCUGUUGCAGCGAAAGACCUCAGGUCUGACUCCGCGGGACAGCGCUGCGAGAAGACGGGUCUGAAAUUCUCUCGAGUAGUAAUCAAAUCAGUUGAAAAUCCUGUUACUAGACAUACAGGAUGUUGGAGUAUGGAAUUGUAAAGUUUAUUUUUUGCACACUUGAUUUCUCACUAUCUUCAUCAUUUCACGAAGGAUGUAUGAUUUUCUACGUCUUCUAGUUCAAACUUGAAACUUCAAAGCUGCUUGGUGGGGGAGAUCCGGGAAGCAAAAUGAAUGAACUUACCUGGGCACUGUGGCAGAACUGUUAUUUUUAUGGAUUUUACAGCUCAACUAACAGUAUUACCUUUUAAAGAUUUGUAUAUUUGUAUACCCUUAGGAAAACUGAGGCUUUAAAGCCUUGUUAAUUCGAUCCUGAUGGUGAUUCAGUUUUCAAUAGCUUACUUUUAGGAUAGAUGGUAAAUUAUUUUAAAUUAUAUUAGGCUUUCCAUAUAAUGGAUUGCAAACUGAAGGAAAUUAUACAAUUUCUGAGAAAACGUAUUGAUUUAUUGCAACUCAUUCUGAAGUUUUUUUGAAAGUAUGACCUCACAGUCUUAGUUUGUCCAUAGCGAACGUGUCUAUAUAUGAUUCCCAACGUUUGGUUUAUAAUUAAAUAUUAAUAAAAAAUUUAAAUUUUA